UAACUUCCCAGUAAUUUUUCUGUUACUAGAUCUUAUGCCGUUAGACGAUAUUCCGCCAAUAGAAUUAACGAAGCUACAUUUCUCAGAAAUCAAACAAGAUAUAUGUGUGGAAUUUGGUGUAAUCGCCGGCGAUAAUGAUAUAGCUUUACAUAGUUCAAAUAAUCAUCUAAUUAUAUUAGAUCUAUUGGAUUCAACGGCAUUGUUGGCUGACCUGCCAUACAAUAUAUCCUACGCGGAAAUUCCUCAAAACUAUGACUUUAUCGCGCUGAAGAAAGCGAGUUUAAAAACAUCUAAUAAAAAUUGCAAUUUGUUAGAUAUGCAACGACUAGCAUUAGAGCCAUCAUAUGUGUCUAAUUAUUUUUGUGAGCCUCCAAAACUAAAUGCACUACAAUUCAAACGAGCACCAUUGCACUCAUGUGUAGAACAACCAAUUGCUGUAAUUCUAACUGCCAGUGGCUUGUGCAGAGUAUUACAAAAAAAUUCAGCACCCAAUCGUCAGUGGAGUGAAAUAUUCAAUGUAAAUGAAUAUUUAUCAAAUGAGUUAACAUCAUCUAAUGCUUAUAGCUGUUCUGAUUUUAAUCAAGAAUGCUGUAUCAAUGCCGCCACUUGGCAUACAACUGAACCAAUACUAUUUGUAUCUUUCGGCAGCGGCUACAUUUCAGCUCUUAGAUUCCGAAAUGCGUACAUCCCAGCAUUGAACGAUUUUUUCAUAUCGAGAACCAAUCUUGAAAAAGUAUGCGAUAUCAUCUGUUUUGACUACUGCCUGGUAGCUAGUUGCAGGGAUGGUAUUUUGAGAAUAUUUUCUUUAAAUAACUUAGGAUCUAAUUUGGCUUUAUUAUCACCGUUAGCCGUUUUAUGGGAUAAACAAGAUAAUAUAAUUUGCAACCUAAUUCAUAUGAAAAAAUUUUUGCCUAAUAUGUAUCUGGUUGUUUUUAAUAAAGGCUCAUAUUUACUAGUGUGUAUGCUGAGUGUAAAAGGCAAAGUACUUUGCUCUAAAAAGUUGCACAUCGGCGGAAUAAAAGUAACAGGUGUUCAACUGAUUUCUACCUCAGAGUUUAUUGUAACAACCGCUAUGAGUUAUGUGCGUUAUUUUCGGGUAAAUUUUCUGGAGCCAAAUGAGCUUAAAAUAAACGAACAACUUAUUAAAGUUGAUUUGGAUACCUCAAAUCUCGAAAUUAUUGGAGUAAUGCCUUCGUAUAAUAGCAGCCUUUUGAUAUUCAUACUUCAUCGCAGUGGGGAAUAUUCGCAACGCAGCAAUUACAUGCAUGGCAGUAUAUUUGUAAAUAUUUCAAAAUUAGAAAAUAAAGGCAUCCCUAAAUCAGCACCUACCACUGACUUAGGUGACAUGAGUCAGAGUCAUGCUUUUUCGAUUGCUUCCGGAUUGCACACAUUUAACAAGUGUAGUUUUUUUCCCGAUGUAAUAAACAUUAAUUUACCAGUUAUUUUGGACGAAGGCGUUUUGCUUCAACUUCAAGCGAAGUAUUUGCUUAUCUCAAACUUACUGAAUUCUAAUAGGUAAGAAAUAUUUAAGAUA